UACUUCCGCCAUUAAACUAGAACCUUCCAUUGCAAAGAAGCUUGAGGCUUGUGGGUAGACGUCUAUAUUCUCUAUCAAAACCCCAUCAAUUGAAAAGGCCAAUCUUUUUUCACUUGACCAACUAGGGUUUUUCUAGGGUUUAUUAUAGUUGAGAACCCUUUUACUUUCUGUCUUGCUUUAGCUUUUUUCAGUGUACUGAAAUGGUCAGCUCAAAUGGUCUUCGUCUUGCUCACCGGCUUGCUCGCUGCACCUUUUCUUCUGUUACUGGAUCUUUGUUAAAGGGUGGUUGUAGGGGGUAUAACACGCCAGUGUGCAAUCAAACAAGGGGAUUGUUUUAUUUCAAUUCUAAGAAUGGGGGCAGCGAAAGGGAUUGGUUAAGACUUGGGCAAUUCAAAUCCAAUUUUGGUGCCACAAGAUCAAUUCAUGGAACAGGCAUGAGUAUGAAAGAUUUUUAUGAGGUUCUUGGCGUCAAUCGAAAUGCAACUGCCUCUGAAAUAAAAAAGGCUUAUUAUGGGCUUGCAAAGCAACUGCAUCCAGAUAUGAACAAAGAUGAUCCAGAUGCCGAAAAAAAGUUUCAAGAAGUCUCAAAGGCUUAUGAGGUUUUGAAGGAUGAUAGUACACGUGAACAAUAUGAUCAGCUUGGGCAUGAUGCAUUUAAUAAUAUGAACAAUGGUGGAGGUGGAGGUCCUGGAUUUGAUCCAUUUGGUGGCUUCAAAAGUCCAUUUGAAGACAUGUUCAAAAAUGCUGAUGUAAGGACCAUAUUCUGGUUUAGUUCUGAUAAUUCAUUUGCAUUUGUCUUGGAAAAUUACUAUGGUGGUAUUCUGGAUUUUUAAUUUUUUCUCUAGCUG